AGCAUCAUGAACUUGGCAGAAAGAUUACAGCGGUUUUCGCUGUUCCGUACAGAUUUUAACACGGCAGAUGAACUUUAUUUUAAAGUGACUGGCAUCAUCGAUGUCAUCAAUCUGGGUGCAGGAUUUUCAAGUUUUAUUCGGAAGUGGAAUUUUUUAAACAUAAGAUUCAUUCAGGGUAUCAACACUUUAUUCGUGUAUCUGUACUGUGAAUUUACAUCGGCAACUUACUACAGGAAUGAUAUGGAAGAGUUCUUGUUUUGCAUUACCACUUUUGGAAUCUCCAUUCAGUGUUCUGCAUUCAUUUAUCUUUUCAUACUUCGCCGAGGAAUGAUUUUGGAUAUACACGAGCUGAACCUUAAAUACUACAAACUCAAAUCGGUGUUGGAUGCCAAAAUACAGAAAUCCCUCCGUAGCAGCUCGUCUAUUACUUAUCUGGCUGUGAUCCUAACAAUAAUCGUCUACAAUGUGUUGAUGUUUCUAAUGGCUUGUAUUCCGGUUAUUUACACUAUCAAAACAAACAACAAAGUACUGCCUUAUGGAUUCAAAAUGUUCUUCGCCGACACUUGGACGGCUUAUUCGUUGAACAUGUUAUUUCAAUUCAACUGUCAGUACUACGUAUCAAUUUGUACCGUAUCAGCAAACUGCACACUGGUAGUACUACUGUUGACAGCUUUCGGACAAAUUGAUGCCAUCAUCGAACUUUUCAACCAAUUACAAGAAAUGACACAAAUUCCGGAAACCCCAGAAGAAUCUUUGAAGGAAAAAAUAGAGGAAAUUAUUGCACUACAUCAGUAUCAUCGUAACUAUAUGAGGAAAAUCGUGGACUCUUUUGAUGUUUUUUAUCUGAUUGUCAUUGGUUCGUUGUGUUCCUGCAUGGCCAUUUCGUUGACUGCGAUUGUUUUAGUCAAUUGGUACGUGGGAGGGGUUUUCAUUUGCUUCUCGUCAGCUCAAAUUUUCUAUUUAUGUUUCUUCGGGGCUCAACUUCAAAUUAAAAGUGAAAAGUUGACAUUGCGGGUGACCUCUUUUGACUGGUAUAAUCUACCAGUUGGUAAUCAAAAGUCUACAAUGAUGAUAUUGAACGCUUGCCAAACGCCUGUCAACCUUUCAGCCGUUUUUGAAACUUUGAACUACGAGGCAUUUUUGAAGGUUCACAAAGGCGUAUAUUCCAUUUUUAUGUUCCUGAUUAGUGCUAAACAAUAAUCAUCAAAACAUUGGAUCAAUGGGAAAUAACACGUAGGUUUAGAAUCAAUUAAAAAUGUUUCCUGUGAUUACUUCGCGAGGUACUGCUGCUACAAAAUGAAAUUAACGUUGCUUUACAAUUGUUACUGUCGAGUCCGGAGCCGGAGGAUUCGUCGCUAGACAUCUCCACUGUUUUUCUUGUUCACAAAAACACAACUACUCUUUACGACUAUACUCUAUUAACUGACUCAUUUCCGUUCGUUUUUUCAUAUCCCAAUACUCUCUCACUAUAUCAUUUCCUCGUUCUCUCCAAAGCUUCACCGUUCGUUUUUUUUCAUAUCCCAAUAUUCUCUCACUGUUUCCUCGUUCUCUCCAAUAAAGCUUCACCAAUCCUUUUUCUUCACGCACACUUACAACCUUUUGGAUUGCGUUGCAACCGCCAUUCGCUCGCGUUGGUAAUAGUUUAUUCGCUAUAGAAUUUUUUAAGUGGUUCUC